AUGCAGGAUUACUUAUUGAGAAAAUUGAUAGAAGAUCAGAAAAUGGAUGAAAAGGAAAAAGGUGAACAAAUGGCCUAUUUGGAAACGAAAGGACAUGAGACAGAUAGAUUGAGAACGGAAAGUGAUGUAUGGAUAGAAAACGAGAUGUUAAAUGACAAGGAGAAAGAAGAAUUUGGAAAACAGGAAAUACACGAACAAAUUAAAGAAUUGGAAAAAAGAAUACGAGAUAAAAAACUCUCUCGUACUCUUUUUUUCCAAUUCUCUCUGUUUAGACAUAUUGGUACUUUAAAUAAAAAAUAUAUAUACGAGCAAUACAGGCUGAUAGGUAAAGAUGGCAUGGACUCUAUUGAAAUGCUCAUGCAAAUGUAA